AUGAGUCGCCUCCGGUCUUGUUCCCCCGAGUCAUCGGGCGAGGUGCUCACCAAGAAGGAAGUUCUGAACCGCGAUACUAUCCUGUUACUCGUCACCUACUUCAUCUUCCAGCUUGCCAACAUAUCUUACAAUUCAUUAUACCCAAUUUUCGCAGAAGAGGAAGAGCCUACAGGUCGGGGUCUCAACAUUGAGGGCGUCGGACUCUCAUUAGCAUUCGCGGGCGUUAUCACCAUACUGUUUCAGAUCGGUGUCUAUGGCAAGCUCAGAGAGAGGAUCGGCAACAAAGUCACUUACCGCAUCAGUUUGGCGGCCUUUGUCGUUGCGUUCAUACUCAUGCCGUGGGUUGGAUACAGAGAGAGUAAUCCUUUCCAAGGGCUCGGAACCGGAGCCGGUUGGCUGUGGGCGGAGCUCGGGGCGAUACUCGUCAUCAAGACGGUAGCAAGCGUCGGUGGUCUGACAUCUGCGCUACUCUUGAUUACAAACUCUGCACCCAACCACAAUGUGCUCGGUACGCUGAACGGCCUCGCGCAAACGCUUUCGGCAGCUGGACGCGCAGCUGGCCCGUUCGUCUCAGGCUCCCUCUUCACCGCCGCGACCAAGAUUCAACCGAAAGGCGAGGCGCUGGCGUUUGGCAUCUUCGCCGGUGUCUCGUUCAUCGGCUUUCUUCUCAGCUUUGGCAUUCGCGGGAGUGGACUCGAAGCCGAUGGGUGGAGUUCCGAGGACGAAGACGAGGAAGACGAGGAAGACGUUGGUGACGAAGGAGGGCAUGCCAACGAGCGGACUGGAUUGAUCCGCAAGUGA